CCGACGACUCAUUCCGGUUUACACAGGGCUCGCUCCUCUUCUACAUUCGGCACCUAUCGGAGUUGACGAAAUAAACCCUUGGCUUUUCUUGUCUCUCUACCAAACUGCAGCCACGCCGCCGCCGCCGCCUCCCCCGCUGAAGCUUUUAUGCUCCAUAGCUAUCUCCAGGGGUUGUCGUUCGGUUCUUCGCAUCAGUACUGCAUCACCGUUUUCUCUCUUCCACACCGUAUCAUCGCCAUUGCCGGCCGCCAGCGCCAUGACGGAGAAGGGAACAAAUAAUUUUUGUAAGGAUGAGGCGUACCUCCACUCCGUCAUCCAGAAGCGAAUCAGCCAAUUUGAGUCCAUUCAAAAGCAACAAAUUGCCUACCGCCAGAGUAUUGGGGGAGAGCCCAUUAAGAUUACUUUGCCAGAUGGCACGAUUAAAGAGGGAAAGAAGUGGCAAACAUCACCGUUGGAUAUCGCUAAGGGACUUCCUGGUGGUUGGGCUUCUAGUGCUUUGAUUGCCCAAGUGAAUGACACUCUCUGGGAUAUGUCAAGACCACUAGAGGAAAAUUGUGAGCUUAAGCUGUUCAAAUUUGACAGCAAUGAGGGACGUGACACAUUUUGGCACUCAAGUGCUCAUAUCCUAGGACAGUCUGUUGAGAUGGUGUAUGGUUGCAAGCUGUGUAUUGGGCCAUGUACUACCAGAGGAGAGGGUUUCUACUAUGAUGCAUACUAUGGGGACGCCACAUUGAAUGAAGAACACUUUGGUCAAAUACAGUCUCAUGCAGCUAAAGCUGUUGCGGAAAAGCAACCAUUUGAGCGGAUUGAAGUCUCCAAGGAACAAGCUCUUGAGAUGUUUGUUGAAAAUCAAUUCAAGAUAGAAAUCAUUAAUCAAUUACCUGAUGACAAGACGAUAACUGUCUAUAGAUGUGGUCCUUUAGUUGAUCUUUGUCGUGGCCCACAUAUCCCGAACACAUCUUUUGUCAAAGCAUUUGCUUGUCUAAAGGCUUCAUCCUCCUAUUGGAGGGGCAAGUCUGAUCGGGAGAGCCUUCAAAGAGUUUAUGGAAUUUCCUUUCCUGAAUCAAAACGUCUCAAGGAAUAUAUUGCACUGUUAGAAGAAGCCAAGAAAUAUGACCAUCGUAUUCUGGGACAGAACCAAGAGCUUUUCUUUUUCCAUCCGCUAAGCCCUGGAAGCUGUUUUUUCCUGCCAUAUGGGACUAGAAUUUAUAACAAGUUAAUGGAGUUCAUCCGAUCUCAGUACUGGAAGAGGGGAUAUGAAGAGGUUGUAACACCAAAUAUGUACAACAUGCAUUUGUGGGAAACCUCAGGUCAUGCAGCUAAUUACAAAGAAAAUAUGUUUGUAUUUGAGGUAGAGAAACAAGAAUUUGGACUUAAGCCAAUGAAUUGUCCUGGACAUUGUCUAAUGUUUGAGCAUCGAGUCCGUUCUUAUAGAGAGUUGCCUCUUCGUUUUGCAGAUUUUGGAGUUCUUCAUAGAAAUGAACUAAGUGGUGCUCUUACUGGAUUAACACGUGUUAGAAGAUUUCAACAGGACGAUGCUCACAUAUUCUGUAGAGAGAGUCAGAUCAAGGAUGAGGUCAAAGGCGUGCUCGAGUUCAUUAGUUAUGUCUAUGAAGUAUUUGGAUUCACUUUUGAGCUGGAGUUAUCAACGCGUCCAGAGAAAUAUUUGGGUGAGAUAAAAACGUGGGACAAAGCUGAAGCCGCUCUAAAAGAUGCUCUUGAAGAACUUGGGAGGCCGUGGCAAAUUAACGAAGGGGAUGGUGCAUUUUAUGGACCAAAGAUUGACAUUGGUGUUUUUGAUGCAUUGAAGAGAAAAUUCCAAUGCGGAACUUUACAGUUGGAUUUUCAACUUCCUGAGCGCUUCAAAUUGUCAUACUCGGCUGAAGAUGAAGGCAAGACUGAACGUCCUGUAAUGAUACACCGUGCUAUUCUUGGUUCUGUUGAGCGCAUGUUUGCCAUUUUAUUGGAACAUUACAAAGGGAAAUGGCCCUUCUGGAUCAGUCCUCGUCAAUCCAUUGUCUGUCCAGUAUCUGAGAAAUCUCAGCCUUAUGCAUUACAGGUACGUGAUCAGAUACAUGGAGCUGGUUUUUAUGUUGAUGUUGACACAACAGACAGAAAGAUUCAAAAGAAGGUACGAGAAGCUCAAUUGGCACAAUACAAUUUCAUCUUGGUUGUAGGCGAAGAAGAAGCAAAGACUGGACAGGUGAGCGUUCGCGUAAGAGACAAAUCAGAACAUUCUGUAAGGAGCAUGGAGGAUCUUCUUAAACAUUUUAGAGAGGAAGCAGCAGCUUACCACUAAUUGGAAAUUUUGUUUUGUAUACCCUGUUGUUGUUCCUAAUAUUUAUGGCGAUUUUGCACCCAUUUUAACAUUCUUUAAAGCAAAUGUUGUUGAAAGUCUCUAUAUUUAAACUGCAAUUAAAUAUAACGAUGUUGAUGAGAUUAAUGAUAUUAUCUUAUUUAAUACUCGUAUUAUUUUC